GCCGGUUUGGUCAGACAGUCCCCACAGGCACAGUCAGGGCUUUGCAGUGUCAUGCCCUGGAGCCCCCGGACCGCGCCAAGCUGGGCGCUGUUGCUGCAGCUGCUGGUACUGCUGCGGCCACCGGGUAUGGUUGAGGCAUGCAGCUGUGCCCCUGCACACCCCCAGCAGCACGUCUGCCACUCGGCGCUUGCCAUUCGGGCCAAAAUCUCCAGUGAGAAGGUAGUUCCUGCUAGCACAGACCCUGCUGACACUCAAAAAAUGAUCCGGUAUGAAAUCAAACAGAUAAAGAUGUUUAAAGGGUUUGAGAAACUCAAAGAUGUUCAGUAUAUCUAUACACCUUUUGAUUCCUCCCUCUGUGGUGUGAAACUAGAAGCUAACAGUCAGAAGCAAUAUCUUUUGACUGGUCAGGUCCUCAGUGAUGGAAAAGUCUUCAUCCAUCUGUGCAACUACAUCGAACCUUGGGAGAACCUGUCCUUUUUGCAGAGAGAAAGUCUGAAUCACCACUACCAUCUGAACUGUGGCUGCCAAAUUACCACCUGCUAUACAGUGCCCUGUACCAUCUCAGCUCCCAACGAGUGCCUCUGGACAGACUGGCUGUUGGAACGGAAGCUCUAUGGGUACCAGGCCCAGCAUUAUGUCUGCAUGAAGCAUGCUGAUGGCACCUGCAGCUGGUACCAGGGCCGCCUGCCCCUCAGGAAGGAGUUUGUUGACAUCAUACAGCCCUAAUAGGGGCCAGUGACCAUCACACUCCUUCAAGCAUCCUGAAGCCCAAGCCAUUUCUCCUUCCCUGUGGAGCUCUGGCUAUCACCAUCCGCCUCAUCACUGCCAGCCAAUGGAAAGUACCGAGUGGAUGGUCUGGCUAGUUUUAGGAUAGGGAUGGGGCAUGUUACAGCUUGAAUCCAAAUGCCAGCCUGGCACCUGUCAAGGGCCACAGAAAAUAACAUCACUUUUCUAGCCAGCCUUCAGCCCAUCUCCCCUGUGUCCCAAACCCUUUUAGGCUAGCUAGUAACAGAAAUCUGUUACUGAAAGUUUUGAUUUUGGCUUAGUUUGUUUUCGAAAGCCAGAACUGUUCCCUUCUCUCCCCAGGAGAAAGCCAGAACUAUUCCCUUAACUGAUCUGAUAGGGGAGAAAUGGUGAUUAUUAUACAUAGGAGAUAAUGUAGCACUGUGAUGUACAAUACCAGAAGGUGGGCUGACAGAAUCAGACACAAGUUGAUUUGGAGGAAUGAAAUGAACAACCCACUACGGCUGUAUGUCCUUUACUCAUGUCCCUAUGCAUCCUAAUCCUUUCAUAUACUUUUUUCUGUUUGGGGAGACACUUGGGGGAAUACAGUCACUCACUGUGAGACCUGCAAUGGCUUAACCUCAUUCUACAUGCUAUAAUCUCCUCUAUACCAUUCCUAGCAGAGAAUCUGGUCCAGUUAACAUACCUCUUUGGACAAGAAUAGACUUAGGUAUUGUCUCUCCAGGUCAACUAUCUUUAAUGUCCUCAACUGAUGUCCAUAAAGCUUCUCCUCGAUUUCUUUAAGAAAGUCCUUCUCUACUAGAUUACUAAAGUCUUUAUUCCUAAUUCAGAAUUUUUUUUUUAAGCCAAAAAAGCCUUUCUCUUGUAGAGAUGAAAUUCCCCUUUAGCUUUUGACACCUCAGAGAGAUCUUAGGAGGUCCUUUCUCAAGGGUCAAUUUCAGGACAGAGGACAUGAGAGAAAUAACACAAAGACACUUGGGGGAAAAAGAGGGUAGGUGGGGAACAUAUUUUGCAACUGUUACAACUGUUCUCACUGGUCAGCCCUGCUAGACUUUAUGGCAUGAAAAAAGCCAGCUUUGCCCCCUGUCUGCCCUAAAGUUCACUCCC